CUUCCUUCCUGGAAUUAACAACGUAGAAAGAUCAAACAAGUAUUUGUCUUCUACAGGUUCAAGGUCAAAACUUCGAACCUCCAUCGCCUCCUCUUCCUCCUUCUUCUUCUUCUUCUUCUUCGGCCCUGUGCUCUGCUCUUUCCCGUACCUUCUUCAACGCUAAACCCAUCGUCUCUUCUCUUCUUUCUCCAUUUCUGCGUCGUGGCAUCAUCAGAACAAACCAGACAAUUAUUAUGGGUUUCUCCAAGGAAUCAUGCCGGCCAGUCGCCAGGAUCCUUCGGGGAUUCAAGAUCCUCUUCUUCCUGUUCGCCAUGCUCGUCUCCCUCCUCCUCUUCUCCGCCCCGCUCCUCCUCGCAGUCGCCGACGCUCUCCUCCCGUCAGCCCUUUUGUCGGCCUCUCUCCCCCCCAGUUCCCCCCUCUCUCUCCGAACCGUCUCUUGUCACUUCACCAACUACGACUUCCGCUACUCUCUCAUCGACAUCCCCCUCGUCUCCCUCCUCCGAUCAGCUCUUAUUCUCUGUGUUUAUAGUUUCUGCGACGGGCCGAGUCUUUCGAGGGGGCCGUAUCUGGGGACGGCGACGGUGUGCUCUGUUUGUUCUUUGCUAUUCGUAUCGUUGAAAGCGCCGUUUGUUUUUGGGAAUUCCGCCGGCGAUGUUGCUGUCCACGAAGGAGAAGGAGGAGGCGUUAAUCGAGCUAUGGAGAUGGCUUUGUUCUUGUGCUCGAUGGCCUUGGCCGUAGCCCACGUAGUUGUCGCGUAUAGAACCAGUUGCCGGGAGAGAAGGAAGCUUCUGGUCUACAAAAUUGACAUUGAAGCUGUGUCGGCUUGCAAGAAUGGGAUCCCCAGAUAUCAGAAGAUUCUCCAACAAGAAAGAGUCAAGUAAUUCAGAGACAAAUUAAGACCAUUCCUUAGCAUUGGAUUUUCUUGUUUUCCUCAUCUUCUUUGGGCUAAUCAAUCUUCCACAGCCAGUUUUCAGGUAAUUUGGCUUUGAUUUCCCCAACACAUGUCAAUUAUAUAUAAAUCAUUAAUUAACGUAUAUAAUUAAAAAAAAAAAUUAUCCCUAGCUAGGAGGUCUCAUGUGUCACGCCAUUUGGGUAUAUGGUUUUUACAGGUUGAUUGAGAAUGAUGAGCUGCUCAAGAAGUUUUACCUACUCAUAGCAUGCCACUGGGCACGCCAUGAGGUAUAUAUAUAUACAGAUGUGUGUAAAUAUAUAUAUAUAUCCUAUUUAAUUAAUUGUAUGAUUACUAGAUGGGUGGGUCAGUCAGAGAGUGGGGUUUUUUUCUUGUUUUGGGGAGACGAAGUCGUCCCUAAUUAUACUGAUAAAACCCUCAAUUGGGACACAUGUAUACAACAGAUAUUAAUCUUCAUUGUUAACUAUCCCUUGAAUCAAUACAAAGUUAUACCGCUUGGUGAGUUAACCCUUC